AUGCUUAAAGGUUGGGUAGUGGGGGACACAGUAGAGCAGUGCUUCGGAAUUACUUUCUCUACUUUCUUAAGAGAAUCACAGACAUCGUCCACUGUCACUGCAAUGAUCUUCAACAUGUUUGGCUUGACAUGGUGCCUGACCGGGCCUUUCAUGGAACCUCUGGUGUCUGAGUUUGGUUGGAGGAGGGUGGCUUUUGUGGGAUCCAUCAUGCUCUCCUUCUCCACCGUCUCCUCAGCCUUUGUCGCCUCUCCUUGGGUCCUCAUCUUCACUUAUUCUGUUCUAGGAGGAACUGGCGUAGGUAUAUUACUAAGCAUCAGCUACACGAUUGUGCCUUACUAUUUCAGAAAGCGAAGAGGCUUAGCCAAUGGCAUCAUAAUGGCAAGUGAUUGCGGAGGUCAGCUGCUGGGACCUCCAUUAAUUUAUUAUCUACAAUCUGAAUACACCUACUCAGGCUCCAUACUCAUACUUGGUGGCAUAGUUCUCAACUGUUGUUUGGGCGCAACAGUCUUCCAUCCCAUUGAAUGGCACUUGAAAACUACAACUACUAAAACAGAAAACAAUAAAAAUGUUAAUGAAAGCGUUGGUGAGAGCUCCUACAGAUCAGUUCGUAAGCCCAUGUCUUCAAAAAGCAAGUGGGACAUUCUGACAAGUGUGAUAUAUUCCAGUGUUGCUAACCUGCGCAUCCUUAGGUCGGCAAGGGCGGUCAUCAUAGCCAUCAGUGCUGCUCUUACGCUCACUGGAUACCUAAAUUUUAUGGUCAUCGUCCCUUUUGCUAUGCAAGAUUCAGGCUUCACCUUGGAAGAAGCUGCUUGGACUGUGUCUGUGUCUGCAAUAUGCAACAUGUUAACAAGGAUUAUUGUGUCUUCACUCACCGACACUCGCUUUUUCAAUUUUCGAAUCUGCUACCUCAUAGGCAACUUCACAAUCACCACUUCUAUGAUCAAGCCAGAUCGUUGUCAACCCUCUCCAACGGAACUCAAGCAGUGCCACAUGAUUGUCCACCGACUGCAACGAAACUCAAGCUGUGCCAGAUCAUUGUCUACCCAAUGCAACGGAACUCAAUCUGUGCCUCAUUAUUGUCAAUCUGUGCCAGAUCAUUGUACACCCACUGCAUCGGAUCUUGCUCUGUGCCAGAUCGUUGUCUACCCUCUGCAACGGAACUCAAGGUUAUUGUCUACCCACUGCAACGGAACUCAACCUGAGCAACAUCAUUCUCUACCCACAGCAACGAAACUCAAGAUGCGCCACAAAAUUGUUUACUUACAGCAACGGAAUUCAAGCUGUGCCAGAUCACUGUCUACUAACUACAACGUAACUCAAGCUGUGGUAAAUCAUAGUGUACCCACAGCAAUGGAGCUCAAGAUGUGUCAGAUCAUUGUCUUCCUACUGCCAUGCUUUGCCAGAUCAUUGUCUACCCAGUGCAACGGAGCUCAAGCUGUGACUGAUCGUUGUCUACUCACUGCAAUGGAAAUUAAGCUGUGCCAGAUCAUUGUUUAUUCACUGCCACGAAACUCAAACUGUGCCAGAUCAUUGUCUACACACUGCAACGGACCUCAACCUGUGCCAGGUUAUUGCCUACGUACUGCAAAGAAGCUCACACUGUGCCAUAUCAUUGUCUACCAAAUGCAACGGAAAUCAAGCUGUGUCAGAUCAUUGUUUACCCACUGCAACGGAGCUCGAGCUUUGACAGAUCAUUGUUUACCUUCUCCAGUGGAGCUCAAGUUGUGCCAUGUCUUUGUCUACACACUGCAUCGGUACUAA